AUGGCUUAUCGCAUCGAACACCCCACAAUAUCGCGCAUAGUUUGGUGGUUGCUUGGAGUUGGCUUCGUCCUGCUAUUGAUACAAUUGAUGCGCAGGUCAUCGUCAGAUGCUAUAAAUGAGCAACAUUUCAACGCGACACUGGAUCAAUUGUUAUUACCUCGUUGGCUUAGCUCGGUUGGCCAUGACCAGAUUGCUUAUUUUCUCAUUAAAGAGCUGAGUACACAGGGCUUUACCACAACGUAUGAUGAGGUCUGGAACGAGCUUCCAUAUACCAAUGUGGUGGGCAUCAUGAAUCCUCAAGCAAAGCAAUUUCUAUUGCUCAGCUGUCAUUAUGACUCAAAAUAUUUGGACACAUCUGAAGAAUAUGUAUCUGCUACGGAUGGUGCAGUUUCCUGUGCCAUCUUAUUGAAUAUGGCUAAGAAGCUUAAUUACUUUUUACAUAAUGAAUUUGCUCACAACCCAGAUCUUGGUUUGGUGCUGGUGUUCUUUGAUGCCCACGAUUCUGUUGAUGGCUAUGUAGAUUCUACUCUUCCGUUGCUAGGGUCGAAGGGCUUUGUAAAAGCGGAAACUGUAUCAUUAAGACAAAUCAGAUUGGUUAUUUCUUUUAAUUUGAUUGGCGCACCAGAUCAAAUUUUUAUGAGCAAAUAUCAACGCACAUAUAAAUUACACGAGCGUCUGGCGGAUAUUGAGCAGGAGUUACGCACUUCCGGUAAACUUAGUGAUUGUCACCAGUUAUUUCACAAGCUCAAGGAUCAUGACAACGAUAUAGCGGAUGAUCACUAUGCCUUUCUAGAAAAGGACAUACCAGUUAUGCAUGUAGUGCCCUAUACUUAUCCGGAAGUCUGGCUACAGGAAACGGAUAAUCUGCAGCACUUACACUGGCCGACCAUUCGAAAUAUGAACAUAAUUAUUACGCAGUUUGUUUAUGAAUAUUUAAAUGAUGUAGCAUUUAGAACAUUGUAA